AUGGCUACCCCCGCGCUUUCCAACAUGUCCUCGGACCUGGUCUGGGAGAUUGUCCGAAACAACAACUGCUUCCUCUCCAAGAGCAACCGCAAUGGCGGCGUCCAGUUCUCCCACGACCCUCUGAACCUUACCAACAAGAACAGCCGAAAGCACGCUGGGUUCGUCAACAGCAAGGCCGUUGGUAUCGUUCCCAACGAGAAGGGAGGCGUUACUGUCAUCAGCAAGAAGACCACUGAUGCCACCAAGCCCGCUAAGGCUUUCGUCCAGACCACCCACGGCGGCAACAAGACCAGCCGAAAAACCUACAAGGCUGUUGCCAACUUGACCGCCAACUACCGUAGCGACCUCCGAUCUGCCGCCGUCGAGCGUGUUUCUGCUAUUCGCCGAGCCCAGCGCCCGGUCAAGGCGGAACCCGAGCCUAAGCUUCGAGGAAACAAGGCCAAGAAGGCCGAGGAGUCAUCCUAA